CCACAGCAAAAUAACAAUCUGUUAAAAUUGUAAAAUUCAGUGAUAAAACUGUUCGUGCCAAAAUAACUAUCAUGGAUUUAAUUGCGUAUUAUUUAUUGUACGAUCUUUAGGAUGCGCAAAAGACGUGUUUACCUGUUAAGAACGGUUUGAAGAGUUUAUAUUAUCAGAAAAAGGAAUAGAACAAAAUUUUCAGAAACUGUAAUUUAUGGCAAGAAGAAUACCAUUUAAUUAGAUAUAUGAUGGCAGAAACGGAAAGAAUAGAAAUAUCGGAAAGCAGAAUCAAUAUGCACGAAAUAAAUACUAAUGAGAUAAGGCCAGUGUCAAGUUUACUUAUGACUCAUUCAAUAAAUUCAACAACAUCUGGAUUUAUAACUAAUACUCGGAUGUUUAAUUUUGGUAGAAGAACAAACCAACAUUCCAGAGUUUUGGCUAACUUGUCUUCUACUUUUCAAGAAAUUAGACCUUUUAUAGAACGAACACGUACUAAUCCUCGCAUUGCAUUAAGCUCUCUCUUAAAUCUUCAAAGGCUUCAGAAUCAAUCAAGAACAGUUCUUCCUUCUACAGAUACCUAUGUAAUUAAUGUUGAUGAUCAAACAACAAGCAAUAUAAGCAUGCAUAAUCAACCUGCACAUGAUCAUCAUAAUCAUCGUACCACAACAACAGAUAAUUUUUUAAAUAAUAUACGUGAAGCAGCAAAUGAAGUGGCAGCAGAAACACAUAAUAAUAAUGGAGAUGAAAGCGCUCAAAAUAGACUUCAAAGAAAUCCAGAAGCAGCAGAACUAUUACGUAUAUUGCAAAGAUAUGUUCCCUAUAUUUUAAUACUUUUAGUUAAAGGCAUUUAUGAUCACCGAGCAGGGAUACUAAAUUUUAUAGUAUUGCUGAGUACUUUCAUAUGUGCCAAUAAUGAUCUUAAGCAUGAAAUUGCCAAACAACAAAACAGAAGUUGGACAUCUUUAUUGUCAAUUAUGUGCUUCAUAGCAGGUUGCUUUCUCUUCUUAAAUGUUAUGUUUGAAAUACAUAUAUUUACAACUCAACCUCUUUCAAUCUCAGAGCUUCUGUGGUCAGUAGUUGUAACAGAUUUUGUUCUAAAAUUGAUCACUAUUGUUUUUAAAGUGAUCUUAACUUGUUUACCUGUAAGACUGCUGGCAUUUCACAAACGUGGAAAAUUUUAUGUGAUGGUAGAGGCUACAUCACAACUAUGUCGAUGCGUUGCACCAAUUCAACCAUGGACAUAUUAUUUGACUGAAACAUAUCAAGGCCCAGAAAGAAUAGUAGGAAUUUUCUUAUCUGCAGUAUAUACUAUCAGUAAAGGAAAUGAUUUACUAUCAUGUGUAACAUUGUUCAUUAAAACAUUAUUGAAGUUAGUGCAUAAUAUGAGCUUAGGAGAAAGUCCAUCUGUAGAGCAACUAUUAGAUUCUGGUGGCAUAUGUGCAAUAUGUCAUGAAGAAUAUAAUUCACCUAUCAGGCUGAAUUGUCAACAUAUCUUCUGUGAAGUUUGUGUAUUAACAUGGCUAACUAGGGGAAGAUCAUGUCCAUUAUGUCGUGCACCAAUUGCAGACGAUGCAAUUUACCAUGAUGGUCAUACAACAUUGUUUGUUCAAUUGUAUUAAAUAGUAAAUUGUUAUAUAUAUAUAUAUAUAUAUAUAUGUAUAUAUAUAUGUAUAUAUAUAUGUAUAUAUAUGUAUAUAUAUAUGUGUAUAUAUAUAUAUAUAUAUUGCAAGAUAAGAUUUAUUAAGUCUUUUCUGAAAAAGGUACAGACAAAAUGAUCGAUUUAUUUUUUUAUCAAUUGAAUUCUUGCAUGUUUUAAAAAAUAUAUAUUUUACAAGCAUCAUAGUUUAACUAUACAUUUUUAUUAUUAUAUUAAUUAUUAUCAUGUAAAAUAUUAUGCACAUAAAAUUCAUAGUAAUAAGUUCUUAAAAAAUUUAUACUACAAAUUAUUAGUAAUUAUAACAAUAAAUACAUAAGAUGUUUUGAAAUAAUACGUGCUUUAAGAAUAUAUAAAUGUGCCUAUUUUAAUACGAUAAUUUCAUUAAUUUAAUUCUAAUAAUAGUCUUAUGUUUAUAAAUUCAAAAUAUCAUUGAUUGAUGAUCAAAAUUAAACACCAUCUAGUAGUAAAAUAUAAGAACUACGUUAAAUCUAUAUAAGUGGCUGCCGAUGUCAUUGAUGAGAUUUUAUUCAGAUGAAAAAAUAUUCUUAAUACUCUGACCAAUAUAUAAUUUUUCUUUAUUAAAGUAUACUGCAAACAAAGUAA